CUGCGCCUUUGCCUGUUCUCUACAGCCGCUGGUUCCAUCUUUCGCGCGUCUUUACACUACAUCUCGAUUUCCACACCAGGCCUGCUCUCUGUCAACUAUUCACCAUCAACAUCUUCCAUACUGCUAUCACACCCGCUUGUUUCCCGGGCACCUGUCGCUUAAUUGCCCGUUUCUCUCCUUCGUCACUAGUACCUCGCGAGUUGUGUUUGGCCACAGAUCUCCUCUACACACCCACACCUUCGUGUUUUAUCUUCAAGAAAAAUCACUUUGAUCCCGAAGAUCACAGUCGCACGCUUCACCGUAACCAUCGAAUACCGGUUACGAGGUGUUAAUAUUGCAUGGGAAGAGACGAAACAAACACAUGGCUCCAUCAUUUUUGGGUCAAUCGGUUCCAUGAAUCUACUCCUACAACAACGAGGUCGCAGACACUCUGAUACAAUAUUUGAGUGUCUGCAGCCAAGAUGAAGUCGUCAAAGUCCUCACAUCCCGGUCUCUCUCCACGGGGUCGAUCGUCGCGCCUGGCAGAAGGUCAUGGAUCAUCAACAUCACCGACAAGAUCUGUCCCAGGAGGUGAAGACACAAUGAACGAGAACAGAAAUUCACAGGUCACGACAACUGGCACUUCGUCACUUGUACAUCAGCAAGUCACGCAAGUUCUCGCACGUGAGCCACCGGGCAGUAUGGAGGCAAUGCGACGAAAAAUGAGCAAAGCUUUGGCUCAAAAACAACAGAUGCGCGCCGCUGUUGUCUCUGCGGCCUCUGUUGAUGGUGCCAAACAGAGCGAACCGGUAGAACCGCCACCACCUCUCUUACAUACCGAGUCCAGCUCCGAUGAGUCUGUCAAUACUGGGACCCUGUCGACCGACUCUGCCCGGACUAUAAGAGCCACAUUUGAUGCGACACCGGGUGCUAUCAGGACACCUUCGUAUCCUUUUCCCCGUAUGGCAUUCCGGCUCAAUCGGGGUAUCAGUCAACGGUCUGGGCCCUCUCAUAAACCAUUCACGCUGCUCUCGCCAACGAACGAGCCCCCGUUGACCGGGUCUUCACCUGCACCGGCAGAACUACAGCGGCAUGCCUCUUCUUCCGACUUAAGCACACCCAUUGGUCAGAUGCCGCUAGUUGCUGCUUUCCCUGAAGAUCCCAAUUUUCCAGCACCAGAUCUGCUGGAGUGCAUACUGGUCCUCAACUCUGAGCCUGGGCUGGAUAUGUGGUGGGCGAAUGUUACAGAUAUUCUAAGUGAGUUCGGCGCUGAAAGAGCGUCACUCGCCGUACCUGGAGAUAUCACCGAUCUGGAAAAUGUUCCUUGGGGUCAGAAAGCCACAUACAAUUGCUAUGGUAGUGAUGGCGUUCCUCCUUCGCAACUGGACUUCCCGACCGCGUCAGAUCUUGACACGUCCUCUGUCGGAAAGCGGCCGGAGCCAUCUGUACGGACAUCCAGUGACAUGAGUACCUUGUCCACUCGUCGACCUCCUCUUGUGUCGAGACAUUCCAUCGCAGGGGCAAUGCCAGAUCAUAUUAGUCGCACUUCUCGUCAGCGGCCAGCCGGACCUGUCCGCGCGUUUAGUAGUGCGGCCAGAGAGCAAGAUGGACAAGCUUCGACGGUAACCCCGUCAGUACUACCUAGGCUCACCAAGCAGCCUGCCACCCCCCGUUCUUCAUCCCUAGCCGAGUCCGACCCACUAAGCUUCAAAGGACCGUACAAUUCGUCUGGAUCGGCAUCAUCCACUUUGAGAUGCUACGUCCAUCGUUCGCUUCAGCCAUUGGAAGCGGAGCCUGACCCGCUGCUUGUUCGAACGGGUGUGGCAUCUUUAUUCAACAAACGGAAGCCUGUCAUUUUGACGAGGGCCUACUCAGAGGAGGUCCCGAAACGCUCUCCGCUCCCGAGGGGAUGUGAAGAUGCUUGGGCGGCGCCUCAGGCAUUGCCAGCUACAGCUGCAGAUAAACAUAAAACCAACAAUCUUGAAGAGCCACCGUAUUCAAUAAUUCGCGCCUUCGACGAAUAUGAACAACCUGAACCUUCACCUUGGUCUCAAAGUCCAUCGCCUUCGCCUGCAGCCAGAGCCGAUCCUGAGGAAUCACCCUUCUUCAACCCACCAACAGCUUCCAUUGAUGAGACAGCAUUUGAGCAGAAUCCCCCGGUGUAUGACUAUGCCACCACCGCGAAUCAGUCCUUGAAUGCCAUAGGGACAGACAUGUCCAAAACUUUGGUGCACGUACCACUAAUACAGCCGAUUCUAGCUCGAGGCGCCAUGGCAUCGAAUCUACGCUUCCCUGUUGCCAUUCUAUCAUUCAUCUCCAACGUCAAUCCUUUUCCACUCAGCUGGCGUCGAGCACUCGAGGCCUUGUUGCCUCAUAUUGCAAGCUCGUACUCACUUGCGCAGCAAUAUAGCGCUCUACAAGAUCGUCUAAGGGGUGCUCCUGGAAGCCGUCACGGCGCAGCAUUCGGCUUAGGAGGGACGUUCUCCGACGAAGGCUCGGAAUUGGAAUUGGUAGCGGAGCUCAGCGAGCAAAUCGCGCUGGACAAAGAGCAGCCAAGAACCUGGGCUAACUACGAAGUCGGCAGUCCUUCGGCGCUGAAAGAUAGCCCCAGUAGCUCCCUUUCGAGCACUCCUCAUUUAGAACACCUUGGCUUAAGUCCAGGUCUUCCACCCACUCCUGGAAGGUCAGGCUCGGAGUUGGUUGACAGUUAUUUCUCGACGCGGAGACAGCGCGGUGCUCAGCAGCCCCUGACACCAGGGCCUCGGCCCACCAAGGACGAUGGGGAACAGCCCAGACGGUCCGCCGAGAAAGUUGCAUCGACCUCUAAAGCAUCAGCGAAGAAGUCCACCAUCAUCAAGACACAACCCGAGGCUCAAAUACAAAGCCCCGUGGCAAUGCGCGCAGGAAGCACUGCCUCUGGAAGUGAGAUGGGAGAUCAAGUGUAUGAGCGACCUGAGUCCUCUGCUCGGCGUUCAACAAUCAGACGUGGCAGCCAGUCAAAGGAUGAAGAAAAACCUCUCCCGGAGCUUAUUUCAUCGCUGAUGUUGAAUUCAGUACCUCUCCAGCUGUUCCUAGCUAAGCCAACUACCGGCGAUUUAGUCUGGACAAACCGUAAAUUUGACGCCUUCAGAAGUCAGGGAGAAGGGCGAGUCCGCGAUCCGUGGAAGAAUGUCCAUCCUGCAGAAAGAAAUGGCCUGGUGAAGUUGUGGAACGACGCUCUGCGAACUGGAAGCCAAUUUACUCACUACAUCCGAGUGAAGCGUUUCAACAGUGAUAACGAUUUUCGCUGGUUCGUUUUCCGAGCUAGUACUUUAUUGACCAAUAAUGGCCGACUUUUGUACUGGAUUGGGUCAUUCCUUGACGUCCAUGAACAGUAUAUGAAGAAUCUUGAGGCGAGCGAGAAGGAAGCAAUCAUGGCCCGAGAGACCAAAAUACGUGCUUUGGCAGACGCCAUUCCACAGGUCUUGUUCGAAGCCAUCGAAGGAGAUGGCAUCGUAGCUGUCAACCAGCAAUGGCAUGCAUAUUCGGGCCAAACCCUAGAUGACGCUCGCGGCCUAGGCUUUGCUAAGCACGUUCAUCGUGAUGACCUGCACAAAUGUGGCAUCUUGUCACCCUCCGACAUUGCCGCCAUUGCGAAAUCUUCGGCGAGUAGCCGUACAGAUUCAUCCAGUGAUUCGAACAAAACGGCAGCUCCUCCACUCCCUACACGAAAGAAUCUGUUUUCCCCUGACCUGUCAUCGCUCGAUCAGAUGAUCAAGUCGGGAUCGGUCAUGGUCGAGAAGGACGAAAAUGGCCAGUUGUCGUAUUUGACUGAAAUUCGACUGAGAUCAAAAGGUGGUGAAUACAGAUGGUUUCUCGUACGCUUGGUCCGCGUGGAUACAGGACUUUGGCAGACUCAAAGCGGAAAAGCAUCCUGGUACGGUACCUGCACCGAUAUUGAGACACGAAAAGCCCUGGAGCGCAAAUUGAACGAAGCAAAUGAGAAGGUACAUCGAGAAAUGGAAUCGAAAACUAAGUUCUUUGCCAACAUGUCUCAUGAAAUUCGAACGCCGCUGAAUGGUAUCAUUGGCAGUAUGCCUUGGCUAGUCGAGUCCUCGCUAGACCAUGAUCAACGAAGAACGGUCGACACCAUCCAAAACAGUGCCAACAAUCUGAGGGAGCUUGUCGACAAUAUCUUGGAUGUGACCAAGGUUGAAGCAGGCAAGAUGACACUAUUUCCAAAAUGGUUCCAUGUCCGUAGCCUCUGCGAGGAAGUGAUUGACACGGUAUCGUCCCGAGCGAUCGAGCGGGGGUUGGAGCUCAACUAUUCUCUGGAAACGAAUGUACCCUCUACGGUCAAGGGGGAUGCAUUCAGAGUCCGGCAAGUCUUACUCAAUCUUCUUGGAAAUUCUGUAAAGUUCACGGAGCAAGGUGAAGUUUACAUGAAAUGCUCUUUACGCACGGCUACACUCAUGAGUCCAAAGGGGGGUGCCGUCAAGACAGUCUUGCUCAACUUUGACGUUGUGGACACUGGCCGUGGAUUCAACGAAGACGAGUUCCAGAGGCUAUUCAAGCAAUUUGGACAAAUUGGUGGUGGUACUAGUCACGAAGCUGGGUCCGGACUAGGGCUGUUUCUCUCUAAACAGCUAGUCGAGAUGCAUGGCGGGGAGCUCUCUGUGCAGAGCAAGGCCGGAGAAGGCUCAAUAUUCAGCUUCUACGUCAAAGUAGAAAUGGAACCUUCAGGCGUCGAGUCCAGCAUUGCACCCUCAGCUACGACAAAAAGCAGCCCGCCGCAAGCGAACAUGCUCAAUUCAAGCGCUCGGUCGCGCUCGGACAAUAAAACCCCAACGAUGAGCGUCACAAGGCACCCUUCUGAUUCAAUCAUUCAGACACCAGGUCUUUCUCGAUACAUUUCCUCGCCAGAACAGGCUUCGCCUGCAGCGCUAUCUUCACCCGCCGUGCCCACCCCAGCUGUGAUGUCGCCUGCUAUAGUGGCAUCGGAGAGCUCUGGAGUGUCGACCUCUGUGAGAUCAAAUUCAGGCCCUGUGGCGAAUGCUUCAACGAUAACCUCGUUGGUGCCUACCCCAGAAUCGGCACCUUCUCGCGAGUCUGAACCAGAACUGUAUGAACGAAGAGUGUCGGAGGCGAAAACGAGUGCCCACCCCGUGUUUCGACGCAGUAAAAGCGACACUGAUGGAGGCGGGUUGUCCCCUGCCCAUCCUCAAACGUACUCGGUCAUCAUUAUCUGCCCGGCAGAACAUGCACGAACGGCUAUCAAACAACAUAUUGAGCACGUUGUGCCAUACCAGAUUGCGGCCAAUGUCACAACGAUCCCAGAUAUUGGAUCAUUCUUGGAUUUGAUCAACGGUCGCUCACCACCGACGUUCACUCACAUCGUUUUAGACAUACCUGCGACCUCUGAUAUCAUGCUUUUUAUGAGGCAGAUGGCGACAUAUACUGCUCCUGUGAUUCCGGCACUCGUAGUCAUUACUGACCACUAUCAGAAGAGAGAUAUCCUGGAGGAUUUCACUGCAUUGACAUCGACCGGACGAAAAGCAUUCUUGAUCCACAAACCCGUCAAACCCUCGGUCUUCGCAAUGAUCUUUGAUCCCGCGCAGCUACGGAACUUAAGUAAAGACCGGGCGCGGGAAGUGGCCCAAUCGAGCUCCGAUGACUUCCAGCAAAUAGUGAGGCUCGUCAAGGAGAAGAUUGGCAACGGGAACAAGCGACUUUUGCUGGUAGAGGACAGCGAAGUGAACCGAAGAGUGAUUCAACGCUACUUCUUGAAGACUUCGCUAGCCAACGAAUGCGCCAAAAACGGACAAGAAUGCGUCGACAUGGUCAAAGAAAAGGGUCCAGGGUACUAUUCCCUGAUAAUUUGCGAUAUCCAGAUGCCAAUCAAAAACGGGUACGAGGCGUGUCAGGAAAUCCGAGAGUGGGAGAGGAGUCAAGGCUAUAAGUCAUGCCCAAUCAUGGCCUUGACCGCAAACGCCAUGCCUGAGGAGCGAGCAGCGGCUGCUAACGCUGGAUUUACUGACUACCUCACGAAGCCGGUGGAUUUCAACCUGCUAGGGACCAUGAUGAUGACGCUGCUAGACCCAAGCGUGCCACACGUGUUCUUACGUGAUAGGCCUCUCGAAACUUAGGGAGUGAAGGAUUGACGCCGGGACAGUUGAGUUUGCCACAACUUGCAGGUGACAAAGUAUGCAGCACAGUUGUGUUGUGCGUUCUUAGCGAGGAUUGCAUGGUUGCUUUUAUGGGGGAAUGGCGUUAUCGAGUCCGAUGCUGCUUUUGUAUUGCAGGGUUGGUUACGGACGGCCAGAAUGGAAGGCCGGAAUAUUUGUGGCUUCGACCAUGACAGUCUUGAGGGAUCUCCCUACAUCAUCUUGUUAUGUAUUAGGUUCAUGGUACGGGGUUUUCGGACAGAACGAACAUCUUGAAGGACCUGGAUUGUCAAGGAAACGGGAAAACGGACGACAAGCAUCACUUGAUGAGCCACGAUUUGCAAUGACCAACUGGGUAGCGCUGGCACUGGAAACGGCACCAGACAAAAGUGCUGCCAGUUAGACCUGUGCUCGGUCGCGGAGAAGAGAAAAGCGCAAUUGUAUUUAUUGCCGUUGCUGGUGAAUGGGUAGAAGAGCCUAGUUAGCAUAGGCAACUACUCACAGUACGUAAUGUAUGAUUUCUACGCGCAGGGUGCAGAAGAGAUAAGUAGAUCUCUGGAUCGAUGAAUCGCACGAGUACAGGGAUGCACUGAAUUGACUGCUGGUCUUUACUCUGUAAUGUAUAUGGGCGUUGGUUGCGCCUGGGUCAAAAUCAUG